UCUGUGGUACCAGUAGGCAUAAUACAGGAAGAGAGUCGUGGAGGAAAAUAAACGGGACGCCCUUCUUUUUUAUACUCGCAUAGUUCGUGGAUAACGGAAUCCAAAAAGUUAUUCGGGGCCAACGCAGACAAUAGCCCUGUUACAUAAAUAAUAUAUCCAGCCAUACUAUUGACGUUUGACGACCUAGGUUCAAUAGACCAUCCACUACAAGCUGAUGCUGAUCAUAUUCAUUUUUUCUCACAUCAAGAGGAAAAAAAGCUCAUUUCAAAAUUUACCAUGGAUGAUUUGGGAGUGCCUGACUCACCUAACUACCCUCUCAGUCCUCGUAUUGUUGUGUUUGACGCCCUCCUCGCUGACCUAGAGAGCACCAGCUCUCCCCUGGCCAGGUGCCCAGUCCUGCUUACCUCUGAUCCCCCGGCGACAUCUGACCCCGCCCCUGCCAGCCCUCAGGACCCCGCCCAGACCAGGCCACCGCCCCCAGCUUACACCCCCCAGCAGACGGUUUCUGGUGCAAUGAAGUCCAAUGGUUCUCAGAACCCAAACCCAGACAAACAACUGUACAGCACGGUGAAUAAGCCUCGCUCCCCCCGCACGGCGGACCCUCCCCCUCCAGCCUUCUCCUCCUCCUCUGUGUUAGGAGGGGGUCUGAGCGAACUGGACCACCUUCUGCAGGAGCUCAAUGCCACCCAGUUCAACAUCACAGAUGAAAUUCUGGCCCAGUUUCCCACCACUAAAAAGGACGAGAGGGACAAGAUAAAGGAGUUCCAGGGGUCCAGGGACAAGGUCACAACACCCUACCCCAGUUCGGUGAAGCCGUCAGCCACCUCAGCUACACUUGAGCUGGACAAACUCAUGGCCUCUCUGUCUGACUUCAGAGUCCAGAGCACAAACGCUACAGAGUUCAAAACCGCGGAGCCGCAGAGCCAUGCGGUCUAUUGUGACGUACGUCGCCCGCGACUCGAUAACAGCCAGUUAAAUGAGUCAGCUCCAGCUGUCACGCCAGUGAUCACAGUACCACAGCAGCCAGUCCCACCCCCACAAGCCUCUUCCGGCGGCUCAUUGGACAGUAUGCUGGGGCUCCUCCAAUCGGAUUUAACCAGGCAGGGAGUCCCCACAUCCUCCAAGGGUAGCUGCUCGGCCUGUCAGAAACCGGUUGUAGGACAGGUGGUGACUGCUCUGGGGCGGGUAUGGCACCCGGAACACUUUGUGUGCUCCGAGUGUGAGACGGAACUGGGCAGCCGGAACUUCUUCGAAAAGGACGGUCAGCCGUACUGCGAGUCGGACUACUUUACACUCUACUCUCCCCACUGCGCACACUGCAACAAGCCCAUACUCAAUAAAAUGGUCACCGCCCUGGACAAGAAUUGGCACCCGGAGUGUUUCUGUUGCGUCAAGUGCAGCCGGGCAUUUGGAGAGGAAGGUUUCCAUGACCGCGAGGGUCAGCAGUACUGCCAGCAGUGCUUCUUGUCCCUCUUCGCCUCCCGUUGCCAAGGAUGCACCCAGCCAAUCCUGGAGAACUACAUCUCUGCCCUCAACUCCCUGUGGCACCCGCAGUGCUUUGUGUGCAGGGAGUGUUAUUGCCCCUUCGUCAACGGCAGCUUCUUCGAGCACGAGGGCCAGCCGCUGUGCGAGGCCCACUACCACCAGUCACGCGGCAGCAUGUGCCAGGCGUGCCAACAGCCCAUCCUUGGCCGCUGCGUCACUGCCAUGGGUGCCAAGUUCCACCCGCACCACCUGGUGUGCCACUUCUGCCUCAAGCCCCUCAGCAAGGGCUGUUUCAAAGAGCAGGAGAACAAGCCCUACUGCCACCCCUGCUUCAUCAAACUCUUCGGCUGAGCACCGAGAAGGACGCUGUCCCUCCUAUGCUCUCUUGUUCCAUAACUCCCAUACCAGGUGUAUGUCGUGUUCAUUAGGGCACAUAACGGGUAACAAUAUAAAAUGUUUUGCAACAGAAAAAGUAAAUGAGCAUUUCUUAUUGGACAAGUCCAGGUCCGUCCCUGUUUCAGUGCGUUUUCUUCCGUUUGGUGCCUAAUAAACACGACCCAGCUCUUUUCUCGUUGCGAAGUCGAACAAAUAUCUGUCAGACAUUUUGUUUUGUCACAGAGAAUGAGAGAGAGAGAUCAGAGCUGGACUCUUUCUGGGUUAUAACAUUUUACAUUUACAUUUUAGUCAUUU